UGGCUGACUGUGGGGACAUUGGAAGAUAACCGGGACAGACAGGGCAUUCUGGGCAGGGCCAUGGUGCCAAGCCAAUUAUGGGGGAGACUGGAGAAACCACUUCUCUCCCUGAGUUGUGCCUCCCUACUCCUGGGGCUGGCUUUACUGAGCAUACGGCCAGACAUCGCCCCUGUUGCUUAUUUUUUUCUCACCUUGGCUGGCUUCUUCUUGUUUGCCUCCCUCCUGGCCUGUCUUCUGGAACGGGGGCUCCGAUCAAUGCAGACAGAGAGCCCAGAGACCCCAAGCAAUGCACGGGACAAUGAAGCUUUUGAGGUGCCAACAUAUGAAGAGGCCAUGGUAGUGUUGGAAUCAGAGAGCCACCCCCAACAGCUGGAUCAACCACCCCCUUACAGCAGUGUUGUAAUCCCCMCAGAACUUGAUGGGGGACAACCUAGCCAAUCAGAAAGGCCCGUGACACAUAGACUGGAAAGAAGAGUGGGCUCAGAGGGGGCUAUGACCCCAGGAGGAAACCCUGGAAGAGUUCUGAUCAGCCUUCGGCUUCGGGGACCGCGGGUCAUAUCCACUGCUCCUGAUCUGCAGAGCUUGAGGGCAACUCCCAAAAGGGAGCCUCUUACUCCACCCCCUGCCUAUGAUGUCUGCUUUGCUCACCCUGAUGAUGAUAAUGUUUUCUAUGAAAACAACUGGACACUCCCCUAAGCAACUCUCUCAGGACUUAUGGCUCUACAUCAGACCCAUUCAUUCAUUUGACCAGCAUUUCCCAGCACCCACCAUGUGUCAGGAACCGCAUUUCUGCCUGGACAUCAAAAAUGGGGACUUGAAUCCAGAGGGGAGUCAGGCUAUGGUAAGCCUUUCCCAGUGAAGAAAUGGGUAACAGAAUUUGAGUCUUCUGGCAACAUUUUAURACAUACCCCAUGCCCAGUAUUUCCAGAG